GACAGUAGAUUUAUGGCUCCUGCAGAUCAUAUAGGGCCCCAUGACUAUUAAUAGAUGACUUACAUUAUAGGCUUAUUUUGAAAAUGUCUCAUUUGUUUAAGAGCUUCACUGGGCUCAAUCAUACACUGUAAAGUGUCUCUCUAUUGGCUUAGUAUAGUGCUGUUAUACAGGCAGAAACAUACAGCAGCUCAAUAAAGAUAAACUCGCUGGUUUGAGGAAUGUUUGUUGCUUUGUGCUUGUGGCCAGGACUAUGGGGUUUCUGUAGACCCCGCAGCUGAUAAGAAUUGCUCAGACUGUGCCGUUACUCGGUGUUUCCAGUAGGUGGCGCUCGUCCCAUUGUCAAUGGCAAACCCGACCGUCAAAAUCUCAGUUUUAUCCUGUGUAAAGGGGAAAAAAAUCGCGUGCUUUGUUUGCAAUCCCUCCCCUAGUAUCUAUCUAUCUGCCAUACACAUCCCUUGCCUGUCAGUGGCACAUCAGAAGGAGAUCAUGGCACUGAGGGGGACACUUGUUCUUCCUCCUCCCGGGGGCAUCACCCUACUGGUGGGCAGUUGCCUGUCCCUGCUGGUGCUUCUUGCUCAGGGCACGGGGCAGCGCACAAUGAGCAGGAGGGGUGCGCUGGAUGUAGCGGAGCCGGGGAUCAGAGCGGAUGAUGGGGAUGAUGUUGGAUCUAGAGAGGAGGCUUAUCCUGCAGCAGGACGAUUCAGGCGGGCAACCUCCAGGGGGCGCGUUUCGCUGCUCAGCACCUCGUUUGUGCUCAAGGGGGACGCGUCUCAUAACCAGGCGAUGGUGCAUUGGACCGGGGAGAACAGCAGCGUGAUUCUGAUAUUAACCAAAUACUACCAUGCGGAUAUGGGGAAAGUUCUGGAGAGCUCUUUAUGGAGAUCGUCUGAUUAUGGAACUACAUACACAAAAUUAAACCUACAGCCCGGGAUCACUACAGUGAUAGACAACUUCUACAUCUGUCCAACGAACAAGAAAAAGAUUAUUCUUGUCAGCUCUUCAGUCUCAGAACAAUGCCUCUUCACUAGCAGCGAUGAAGGAGCGACCUUUCAAAAGCACCAAAUUGAUUUCUUUAUUGAGACCCUGAUAUUUCAUCCCAAAGAAGAGGACAUGAUACUUGCCUAUAGCAAAGAUGCCAAGCUUCAUGCAUCCAUAAACCUCGGCAAGAGCUGGGACCUCCUGAAAGAACGUGCCUCUAAAGACCACAUAUUUUGGUCUGUUGCAGGAGUUGAUACUGAACCUGACGUUGUUCAUAUGGAAAUUCAAGACCUUGAUGGAGGUUAUCGGUACGUGGCAUGCCAGAUUCACAAUUGUUCUGACAAUACGUUUGCAUUUCAAUUCACUGGAAACAUUGAUCGGGAUUCUCUGACUGUACAGGACGAUUACAUCUUCCUCAAGACAACUUCAGGAAAUCGGAGUAAAUAUUACGUAUCAUAUCGACGGAAUGAAUUUGUACAGAUGAGACUUCCAAAAUAUGCUUUGCCAAAGGACUUGCAGAUAAUCAGCACGGAUGAAAACCAGGUGUUUAUUGCUGUCCAAGAAUGGUAUCAGACAGACACCUACAACCUGUACCAGUCAGAUCCGCAGGGAGUCUACUAUUCACUUGUUCUGGAAAAUGUGAGGAGCACCAAGCAACCGGAAGAGAAUGUUGUCAUCGAUAUUCUUGAGGCAAGAGGCAUUAAGGGUGUCUUUCUGGCCAACCAAAAAAUUGAUGGAAAGGUGACAACGCUUAUUACCUACAAUAAGGGUCGAGACUGGAGCUCCCUCAAUCCCCCAAGCACAGACAUGAUGGGCAAACCAACCAAUUGCAAACCUCCUGAGUGUCACCUUCACCUGCAUCUCCGCUGGGCAGACAAUCCAUAUGUAUCCGGAACAGUCCAUACCAAGGACACAGCGCCAGGACUAAUUAUGGGAGCAGGUAAUCUGGGCUCGCAGUUGGUGGAGUAUAAGGAAGAAAUGUACAUAACAUCGGACUGUGGAAAUACGUGGAGACAAGUUUUUGAAGAGGAGCAUCACAUCUUGUAUUUAGACCAUGGCGGCGUAAUUGUGGCCAUCAAGGACACUUCAAUUCCUCUAAAGAUACUCAAAUUCAGCAUUGACGAAGGCCACACGUGGAGCAUACAUAACUUCACCAGCACUUCAGUGUUCGUAGAUGGACUUCUCAGUGAACCAGGAGAUGAGACGUUGGUCAUGACGGUAUUUGGGCACAUCAGUUACCGCUCAGACUGGGAACUGGUGAAAGUCGAUUUCAGACCAUCUUUCACUGAAGAAUGUAGUGAGGAAGACUAUGAUCCAUGGAGCCUUGCCACCCCACAGGGGGACCAAUGCAUUAUGGGCCAGCAGCGAAGUUUUCGGAGGAGAAAACUAUCCUCGUGGUGCAUUAAAGGGAGAAGCUUCACAUCGGCACUUACGUCUAAGAUCUGCCAGUGUGAGAAUUCCGACUUUGUCUGUGAUUACGGAUAUGAACAGGAGACACUUCAGAGAUCACAAUCCAACAAAUGUUUUGCCGAUUUCUGGUUUAACCCGGAGUCCCCACCUGAGGAUUGUGUUAUAGGUCAAACCUAUACAAGUACCACUGGGUAUAGAAAGCUUGUAUCCAAUGUAUGUGAAGGUGGCGUUGACCUUCAAGAAAAUUUAGUUCGGUAUCCCUGCCCGCUGCUUGCUCCAAAGGGUCUCCGCAUCACCAUUAAGGGAGACUCCAUCGCGGUGAAGCCUGGAGAGGAGAUUACAUUUAUUAUUCAACAGGAUCAGGGGGAUAUGCUGAAUACCAAGUACCAAGUGGACCUCGGGGGCGGAGUCAAAUUGAAUCUCUCACUGACCAAUGAGCCCAUACAGCAUCGCUAUGAAAAUCCUGGGAUCUACAGGGUUUCUGUAAAAGCAGAGAAUAUUGCCGGGCAGGACGAGGCCGUGAUCUACGUGCAGGUUAACCCUCCUCUUCAGGCUCUGCAUCUUGAACUGGUGCCAGUGGUUGGCAAGAACAAAGAAGUGAAUCUGACGGCUGUGAUACAGCCAAGGAAUGCAAACUUGACUGUGUUUUACUGGUGGAUUGGAAACAACUUGCAGCCGAUCCUUACACUGGAAAAUUACCUUGUGACCAGAUUUGGUGAGGCCGGAGAGUUCCGCGUCACGGUGCAAGUCUCCUGCUGGAAUUCAAUGUUGCAGGUUUCAAAAACAGUCAAAGUCUUUGAUGAAUACCAGAUCCUAUCACUGAUGUUCAGCAAACACCUGGAUAUGUAUAACCCCAACAUCCCAGAGUGGAGAGAAGAUAUCGGACAAAUUGUAACAAGACUAAUAACAAAGGAAACCAAUAUCCCCGAACAAACGAUAGUGACGGUGGUGAAACCAGGACUUCCGACCACGGCAGAGUUGUACCUGCUUCCAGCUACCAAUGAAGAGAAAAGAAAGAGGAACGCGCCAAAUGAUAAGAGAAUAGCUGUGAUAAAGCAAGCCCUCAAUGCGCACAACAUUAGUUUCUUCCUGAGGGGUGGAUUUUGGGUCUUAGUGACGCUAAGCGAUUCCGAAUCAGACUCCCAGAGAAUUGGAGGAGCCGGAGGAUAUUGGGCCAUAUUCAUUAUCUUCGCAAUCUGCCUUGUACCAGUCGGAGCUUUUAUCCUUUAUAAAUUCAAAAGGAAAAUGCCGGGGAGGAAUGUUUAUGCUCAGAUGCAUAAUGAAAAAGAGCAGGAAAUGACAAGUCCAGUCAAUCACAGCGAGGACACCCAGAACAUUAUCCAGGGAGAGGAGUUUAUUGAUGAUGACAUGGACUCGCAAACUCUAGGACAUGGGAGAGUGAGGCUCUCUGGCAGAGCUGGAAAUUUGAGCAGCUACACGAUCCCCUUAUUGUCGAUGCCUACCAGUGCCCAUACGCAGGUAAUCACUCAGGCGUGGUUUUAAGUAUUAAUUCCAGAGAGAUGCACAAUUACCUGGUUAGCUGAUGUUCACAGCUGAAUUCAAAUCUUACAGACUUUUUUUCUGUAUCGUCUUAUAUCUCCGUGGGAAAUCAAGAGAGUGAGAAUGGACUGUAACAAGAAGCGAAGUUCAUUCUAACUGCUCCAGAGACACAUCCAUGUCUGUUGCUGUGGAAGACCAACUGGACGCCCAAUUGUUUUAAGGACACGAUUUCAUAAAAAAAAAACAGACAAUUGCUACGAGUCAUAUUCAAGUGGUAGCAAAUUUGUAACCCAAGGCACAUUUUCUGUCUUGUAUUCAUACUCUCUGUACUCCAUGUAAUGCAUAUAUGUCUUCAUCUAGAGAAGCUUUUUUUUUUUUUUUAAUUGAGUUUACAUUUCUUUAGAAUAAUGAAAUUCCCGAUUGAUGUUUGAUGUUUCUGAAUCUCUAGCAGUUAACAUUGUUCUACGGGGUGUUUCCCUCUUCCCAGUAUGAUUAUACAGUAUAUUGGCAAAAACCACUCCAUAUAUUGAACCAUUAUUAAGCUAUUUCCAAUUAAGAGUUCAUCGUCUUAAAUGAAUUACAUAAAGUCCCAUCAUCGGUUUUUAUUUGAAAGAAUGAUUUUGCCCUGUAGACUUAUGAUCAGUAGCUGUACAUUUUGGUGCAUAUCAAGGGUUGAAAAGAUAGCUACAAACUUCCCAAACUUGAGUUGUCCAGGCUUUUGAAAUGGUGAACUAUGGCCUUAACCACAAAGAAAAAAUGUUUCUUGGUAAAGGAAUUUGCAUUUUUCAUGUAUUUUCCAUAGGUAGCAGAGUUAUGCCACUAAUGGUACAAUAAUUCCAUGUAAAAGACCUAAUAAAAGUAGCUAUAGGUAUAGCUAUAAGGUUCGAAUGGUAAAUUAGAAUAUUCGAGUUUGGUCAAAACUCACAAUUUCGAGUUUAAAACAACAAACUCAAAUUAAAAUUCAAGAUUAAUCAUCCUCCUACCCUGGAAACCAUUCGAAUUCUAUAGGCCACCAGCAAAAACCUUAUUAAAGAGGAAGUAAAGUCUAAAAUAGAAUAAGGCUAGAAAUGCUGUAUUUUGUAAACUAAACAUUAACAUGAACUUA